UUUUGCUUCAUGGCCCAUUAACAACCCCAGUUCACCCCCCAAUCACGACAAUAUAAGCCUCAGAGCUCUCUGUUGAUACUGCACAAUGCCCGGAGGUGACGCAAUUCGUGCCUUAAGAUGGCUCUCCCGGAGUACUGGGGGCUUGCUCUCGGGCUCUGAGACUACCACACAGCGAUGCCUUACAAAGUCUUUUUCACGGUCAAUGGCUACAGAAUCCCAGGUCACCGCCGAACACUUUACCCAGGAAGCCCCCAAAGCCGUCUGGAACACGGAACCCGCCCGGGCAACCACCUACUCCUUCCCUUCCAUGGAACCAUUGCGAUUUGUUGAAUACCCUCGGAAUCAUCUUUUGAUGCCGCUGCGGAAGGAUAUCUUACAUCGGGCUGUCGUGUAUGAAGGUGACAUGACCAGACAGGGUACCGCGAGCACCAAGUGGAGGGCCGAUGUGCACGGAAGUAACAGGAAGUUGCAUGCGCAGAAGGGUACCGGCAAAGCGCGGGCGGGCGACAAGAAGUCUCCAAUCCGUAAAGGUGGUGGUGUUGCACAUGGCCCUCAUCCUCGGGAUUUCUCCACGAGCCUCCCUCAGAAGAUCUACGACCAGGCAUGGCGGAUAGCUCUCAGCUAUCGGUACCGACGUGGCCAGUUGAUUAUUAUCGAUAACGAGAUCUCUCUCCCGGAAAAUGCUAGCACGCAUUUAAUCAGCGACAUUAUCAAGUUCCACCGUUGGGGCAGUGAGUUUGGCCGGUCGACGUUGAUCACCGAUCAGCCCAAUGAUGCUCUUUUUGACAUGGUGCGCCAAGUGGGCAAUCAAGCGAAGAUUCUGGACCGCAAGGAUGUAGAUGUCAAGGAUCUUUUGGAGACGGGCCGAUUGAUCAUUGAGAAGCAGGCGCUGGACCGUAUCCUGGCUCAUCACUCGAGGGACUUGGUCACUAAGGCUGCCAAGGCUUUGUAUUGAUCUGUUGGUGGGCGAAUGGACGUUACAAUUUUUGGGGGUUUGAAGAAAUGUUAUUAUCUGUACAAAUAGAACCUAGCAAUGUAUGAUUGUCGCUUGUAAUUUGGCGUGAAGAAGCGGACAAACUUUGAAUCUCGUAUCGUUUUGAUGUCAAUGUGAUAGGAAGAUUCAACUGGGAGGAGACACUCCGCCAAUCUUUAAGUAAAAGUGAUAGAGAG